CCUUGUUUCAGUUAAGUGAUGUCACCUGAUUGAUGUGCUAAUGUUUACUAUCAGUCGAGGGGCGACAAUUCCGUCUUAAUAAUUGCGGCUAGAUUAAUCAAUGGGUAAAUAAAUCCAGAAGAUAGAAAACAAAGCAUACGAUAGGAUCUAUCUACAGAUGCUCAGCAGGGUCCAGAUGGUGUGGGUGUUCAUCAUGAACCGGAUGGGCUCUCAGAGCGCCUCGGCAGCCCAGCGAAGACGCAUGGCCCUGGGAGUGGCCAUCCUCCUGUUGGUGGAUGUCAUUUGGGUGGCCUCCUCCGAGCUGACCUCAUAUAUCUUCAGGCGGCAGGAGUACAACAAGCCCUUCUUCAGCACGUUCACCAAGACGUCCAUGUUCGUGCUCUACCUGCUGGGCUUCCUGCUGUGGAGGCCGUGGAGGCAGCAGUGCACCAGCUCACUGCAGCGACCUCACACUGCGUUUUUUGCCGAUGCCGAGGCAUACUUUGCGGCGUGCACCGCUGAAAGCACCAUGACCCACUCCCUGAGCGAGCCGCUCUACGUUCCUGUAAGGUUCCAGGAGAGGCCCCUGGAGUCGUCCUCCUCAGCCUCCUGUAACGGUCUGGACCAGUCUGCGGCCACUAGAAAGCAGCGGGUGCGUUUCAGUAACGUCAUGGAGGUCCGUCAGCUGCCCUCCACCCAGGCCCUGGAGGCCAAGCUGUCCCGUAUGUCCUACCCCGCCGCCAAGGACCACGAGAACAUGCUCCGCUCGGUGGGCAAGCUGACGGUCCCCGAUGUGGCCAAGAUCAGCUUCUUCUUCUGCUUCGUGUGGUUCCUGGCUAACCUGUCGUACCAGGAGGCGCUGUCAGACACCCAGGUGGCCAUCGUCAACAUCCUGUCCUCCACCUCAGGUCUGUUUACGCUGAUCCUGGCCGCAAUUUUCCCCAGUAACAGCAGCGACCGCUUCACCCUGUCCAAACUGUUAGCCGUGGCCCUGAGCAUGGGGGGAGUGGCCCUGGUCAGCCUCUCCAGCAUGGACAUCCCCGACGGGAACGGCAUCAUAGGGUCUCUGUGGUCGCUGGCCGGGGCCGCCCUCUACGCGGUGUACAUCGUGAUGAUUAAGAGGAGGGUGGACCGAGAGGACAAGCUGGACAUCCCCAUGUUCUUCGUUGUAACCCCAAUGACCCAUCGCUCCCCAGGGUUCGUGGGUCUGUUCAACCUGCUGCUGCUGUGGCCUGGCUUCCUGGUGCUGCACUACACGGGCUUUGAGUCCUUCGAGCUGCCCAGCCAGCUGGUGUGGACCUACAUCCUGAUCAACGGCCUCAUCGGGACCGUCCUGUCCGAGUUCCUCUGGCUGUGGGGCUGUUUCCUCACCUCAUCACUAGUGGGGACCCUGGCUCUGAGCCUCACCAUCCCGCUGUCCAUCCUGGCUGACAUCUGCAUGCAGAAGGUGCGGUUCUCCUGGCUGUUCUUCAUGGGGGCUGUCCCCGUGUUCCUCUCCUUCUUCAUCGCCACCCUGCUGUGCCACUACAACAACUGGGACCCCGUCAUGGUGGGUCUGAGGAGGCUGUUCGCCUUCAUCUGCCGCAAGCCCCGGAUCCACAGGUUACCUGGAGACAGUGAGCAGUGUGAGAGCCUCAUUCCACUGCACACUGUCGGCCACGACCACGAGGACAGCGACGGCUUCUCCUGACCAAUCAGAACGUCAACAAGUGGCCUGAACUCACUAUCGGUGGGUGAACUGGGAGCUUGAUACGAGGACAAUCUGGGAGUUCUGGAACAGAGAGACAUUGAAGAACCGUAGUGCCUUUAUUUAUUCUCUGCAGUGUUGGGAUGCCUCCAUUUUUUUUUGUACGACGGACUCGUACUCUGGUUGCUCGUGGCUUCCUCAUCAAACCCCCGGUCCUGGACUCCAUUACCAGUCAUGUGACCACAUGUCUCAGGACAGGUUCCCAGGGAGGAUUACACUACAGGUGGGCGGGGCUUCCCUCUAGGACCCCAGCUAUUGGUCCGGUCUCUCAUCGUGGGGUCAGAGUGCUCCGAUUGGUGCAGAGGUCUGGCUUUUUUCAGUGGCUCAUAUGCCCAUGGAACCUGUCAGUCUUUUUCUUUUAUCUCAUGUCAGUUGGAAAAACACUUAAAAACUUGGUGGAAAUGGAAGAAAAUCUUUUCCCCAAACUUUAUUAUUGCCAAGGUAGUGGCAGAUGAAGAACACUAAUGUACGAACACGUCAUUUGACGUCAUUUGAGCCGUCUGCCUGUAAAGUAAGCAAGAGGCUUACUCAACAGCUAACAGCUAUUGCUCAAUUUAUUAAAUCACCAGAGAGAAACAGCAGGCUGUUCAUGUGGCCUCAGUCACUUCCUCUAUUGUAAAAACACAUUUAAUGUCACAUUUUGACAUUAAAGGCUUGCAUUUUUACUCGUUCCAAAUAUGGUCUUUCCUUUCUUCUCUAGGUAAGGGUUAGUGCACUUUUUUAGAUGCAGAUAAUUUUUCUACCUUUUGAGGUUUUCUACACUGAUGGUCUCGCUGGGUCCUGUUCGCUGUCUGUUUAUGUUGAAGGAGAUUUCUGUGAUCGGUUCCCAGUUGACGAGGUUAAAAGUGUGUCAGUCUGAAGACAACAUUCUAAUAUCUGUUUGGUUUUGUAUUUUAAAUCUGGGGUAAGGCUUGGUUUGUUCUGGAAAAUACUUGGGUCUCACUGGUUGUAUGGCCAGGUAAAAUACACAUGUUAUACAAAAUGCAGACCUUUGUGUUGGGAAAGACACUAGAUCUGUAAUACAUAAUACUCUAAAUGUCCUUGUGUGUGCUGUUCUACACCAGUCUGAGCGAGCUGGGAUGAAGAAAAGCUGUGAUGGGCGGACUCAUCAUAUGGUUUAACGUAUGCAGCCUUCAUAAAAUGUUUAUUUAUCAGUUCAAAAGUAAGAGAAAAGACUUUUGAGAGAAGUACGUCUAGUUUCUGAAUGUCUGAUGACCACUAAUGUUAUGUGCUCUGUUGGUUUUCUAUCACGGUUGAUAUUUCAUGUAUUUUGUGCAAAAAUUGGGCACAUUUCCUGAUCAGAGAAUAAAAAAUUGAUUUUCUUACGGUGGCCAUAUUUCCUAGGCUUUGUGUGAGAUUUUUUUAAAAACGGUUGCUCUAUCGACUUAUUAUGGUGGUUCUUCUUUUAAAUAUAUGUUAUUGAUUAUAUGUAUUUUAUUCUUUUUCAUAUAAUCAUUUAUUUGUACUUUCUUUGAUUAGCCUUAUCAAGUCAUCUGGCAAACAAUCCAACUAAUUGAUCAUUGUUAUGCCACUAUCGCUGUUAAAACGUCUCCCAUGUUUAUGGGUUGUUUUCAGUACGCUCGUGGUGUCUUUAUGAGCGGUGUCAGGCAGGAGGAAGUAAUGUGGCCAGUGUAAACUCUGUAGUAAGAGUGCUCUGUACCACCAGUGGGAAUUCAAAAUAAGAUAUCCAACUGCCUUUCAAUGUUAGUAUUCAAUCCGAUUGUUUUGUUCUCAAUCAAUCAAAGGGGACGUCUGUGUUUCAGAAAAUGAAGAAACAACUAUGAAAAA